GUCCUACAAUAAUAUAAAAUUUUGACAGCGCAAUCUUGACAAAAUUACAAUCUCACCAUUUGGAUUACAACAUUAUCAUGACAAUCAUAUUUGAGAGUUGAUAGAAUUAAUGAUUCAAUUGGUAUGCCACACAUUCAUAUAAUUCACUCAAUCUACUUAUAAAAAGCACAAGUCCCCCAAUGAGAGUUCCAAACAAUGAAAGCACAAAACGCGGUGGCGCUCUUCCUCAUAAGCUGCACAAUGUACAUCACGCUCCUCACCUUGAAGCAACAUUUGUCGAUGGCCGGCCGAACAUACGACGUCCGCAUCAUCAACGGCUUCACCAACAACUCGUCGCUGGCGUUGGUGGUGUGGUGCGCUGCCGCAGACGGCGGGGAUAUCGGCGGGAGAGCACUGCAAGAGCGCGAUGACUACAGUUGGAGUGUCAAAGUUGGCCCUUUGUGGAGUUCGGCUCGAUUCGUUUGCACCCUUAAAUGGGAUGCCAAACGACGCAAGUUCGACGCGUUUCGAGCCAGUCGGGAUAGGUAUAGGUGCGGUCAUGGCGGGCAAUGCCUUUGGCUGGUCAAAGAGGAUGGAUUUUAUUUCAGCAACGAUGGGGCAACAUGGAUCAAAAAUUUUGCAUGGAUGUAAAAUAUAUAUCAAGUCUAGUUACUUUUGAUGUAAUCGUAUAAAAAUAAAUAUAUAGUGUUUGUUUUGUAGUAUAUAUCAGUAAAUGAAGAUGUAUUUUUUUUUAAAGAAUGUUCAACCUAUGCAAGAAAUGUGAAUUUUUACGUUCUUUUUUCA